AGUUUCAUACAUAUUUUCAUAUGUUACAAAAUCAACCAGAGUGGGACUGAACUGGCCAUUCUACCAACUUUGCGAGACUCAGUUUUCUGCCUUGUCUAUUAAAUUAUUUUCUACGAAUUACGAGUCUCAUAUUCAGUUAUUUUUAUUAUCAUAAUUUUAAAGCAAGUCGUCACAGCUGAAUUACUGCUCAAGAGAAAAAUACAAACAGACUAAUAGACACCAAUUAAUUAGAUUCCCAAUAAGGCUGAAUACCGUGUCAGUAGAUUAUUGUUUUCAAAGUUGUCUAAUAUAUAUUUUACUGUUUUCUUUCAAAGUUUACGACUCCGAUGUGAAUUCAAUGGUUUCGUUUGUAUCUAUAGACCACUCCCUGUUCUGUAUUAUCUAACUAUCUAAGAGUCAACAAAAUCAAUCUGUUUUGCAUCGGAUUAAGGUCGCCUGUAAUGUUUUCUCAUGUUACGCAAAAAGUUGAGAUUGUCACGAGCUAUCCCACUGCGGUUCUGGACGAGCCAAUAUAGGGAAUCACCGAUGAAAUAAUUAUAUUUAUCUUAUGUAACGAAGAAUCAAAUGGACUUUAUAUUUUCUCAAAGAGUGUUGUGGAAUAGUGACAUGUAAGGAGCGGAGGUUAUCCUUGAUAAUUUGUUUCAAAGUGUUUUAUGAUUCUGGCCAAAGGCAAUAAUGUCGAUUCAUCACCGAUAUUCCAUUGCCUUCACGUUGGUGAUUGGUAUUCUCGUAGGAUCUGCUAUUGGACAACCAAGUCCUGAAGUAGAAAAAAUUCGACGAUCCUGGGAACGAGGACAAACUGACUUAAGCAAGUUUAAGGAGAUACUAGUAACAAGAGGUUUCGGCUACGACAAAGCUCUUUCAUCGAUGAACGAUGACCAGAUAUUAAUUGAGUAUCUAAGAUCGAAUCAGCCAGAGAUAGAGAAGCUGCUCAAUCGAGCAACACGUCGCCCAAAGAGCAUCGUCUCAGACGAUCAUGUCUACGUAUUCGAAGGGGAAAACGAUGACGAAUGGCAGAUUUCAGAGACCUGCGUGGAAGACGUCAUCCAAUACUACACAGAUCUCAUCAGCAAUGAUUAUGUUUAUUAUGCUGACAGAAUGAGGAAGUCUUCGGGAAGAAUCCCUCGCGAUGCACAAUAUUCUGGUAAUGUGGUAGACCUUGGAAACAUCUGGGUUUGUACUUCAACGAUGAAAAAUGAAACCUCUAAUAUUCCACGAUUUAACGGAAAGUACUGUCCGUUCAAGGUUAUAAACACGAGUAUACUACUUGGAAGUUGCUGGCCUGACAGCUGUUCAGAGAUGGAUGUUAAUUCCCUUUCAUCACUUUUUUGGAGUGAGGUUGUUCAGGUCGAACCGUUUCUGCAUUUCGAUUGUCAAGAACGAAGGCCUUGGACCACAGCGGAUAUUUGGUUUACAGUUCUGAUGGGUUUCUUCGCGAUGAUGGUUGGCAUUGGAACUUUCUACGAAGUCUUCCUCCAGAAACUAGUCCGUGAGAAGAUAAGAGGUCCAGAGAACCAAGAGCAUGACCGCCAAGAGGAGAAUACUUCGCAAGAAUUGUCUCAAGGCGAUCACUCAUCCGACGUCGCUACCUCUUCAGCUGACGGUGAUGAUGGUAGAGAUGAUAAGGAUGUAGUAGAGAUUUCUUCAGAGAAGAUUGAUUGCAAGGGAGGACCUCAAAUCAAUGACGGCUAUCAGAUAGAUGAGGAAAAGCCUCCGCCUUAUUCGGAAGAAGUAAAGAAGGCGUCCCUUGAAAUAGAAGAUGCGGAAAGAGGAAAGACUAGGAAAACAAAGACGGGCAAUCUGAAAUGGGCUAUUCUUAAUGCUGUCAUGAUGUCGUUUUCCCUUGUGAGUAACUGCAAGAAACUUCUCUCUGCUAAGAAGACGAAGAAUACCAUGGCCGUGUUAAACGGGCUGAGAGUAUUGAGCAUAUGCUGGGUCAUGCUCGGCCAUUCCUUGCAAUUCUGGGCUUUGGAUCGUACGGGUAACCCUCUUCAGGCUAUUGACGUCGUUGUAGUCCACAUGUCAUUUGGAGCCUUUUAUACUGGUAGUGUUUCAGUUGACACAUUUUUUGUUCUUAGUGGAUUUCUAGUCGGUUAUAUGACGCUAAUAGCUAUUGACAAGAAGGUCCUGCGCAGCGCGGGAAGUUGGGCCAUGUUUUACUUUCACCGCUGGUGGCGUCUCACUCCUGUUUACAUGGCGGCCAUGGGGAUCUGGGCAUUAUGGUGGCCCCAUUUCGGUGAUGGCCGAAGUGUGUCGCCCGCUGACGAAACAUAUGAUUUUAUCCAAAGCUGGUGUCGAAAACAAUGGUGGACUCAUCCUCUUUACAUCAAUACCCUGUACCCAUGGCCCAAUAUCUUGGAUUACUCGUGUAUGGGAUGGUCGUGGUAUCUUGCUUGUGACAUGCAAUUUUUCAUCAUUAGUCCGAUUAUUCUUAUCAUCCUUUACAAGAAUGCGAGAGCAGGUGCCGUACUUGUUACAUCUCUGUUUGUAGUGUCUCUUGGGUCGCUUUUUGGAAUCACCUGGUAUUAUGGAUACACCACGAAUGCUCAACCUUCCUACAAUGACAACAAUCCAGAUCCUCCAAAUGCCGACACUGUUUACACCAAACCUUAUACAAGGAUACCCACUUACCUAGCAGGCUUGGUUUUAGGCUAUUUUAUGUUUAAACUUAAAGGAAAGAAAGUUAAAAUGCCAGUGUAUAUUGCAGUAAUUGGAUGGAUACUGGCCCUUGCCUCAUUGUUCGCUGUCGUCUACGGUGUUUGGUCCGGCGCUUACCGCUACGUACCCCAGAUCGAGUCGGCAAUAUACUUUACCUUCUACCGCCUCGGUUGGGGAGUGGCUAUAUGCUGGAUCAUAUUCGCUUCACUGCAUGGAUAUGGAGGUCCUGUUGGAGCGCUCUUAGAAUGGUCUUUCUGGAUACCCCUUGCUCGUCUUAGCUACUGUGCCUUUUUGAUCCAUCCCGUCGUUAUGUAUAGUGUUCUCUUAACCCAACAAACACUCUUCCAUUUCACCUACGUCACAAUAGCAUACCUGUACGUUGGAAACGCUGUAUUUUCCUUCGUGGCUGCUCUCAUCCUCUCUCUCCUUGUGGAAGGACCCUUCAUGGGACUCGAAAAGGUCAUGUUCGGAAAGUUUGAAAGAUAGUCGUUUCCAAACAAAAAUGGAAGUUUCAUCGAUCCUAAAAACAUAAAAGCUCACACAGUUUCCCGUUUUCCUUUGACGGUCAUUGUGAAGCUGCUACAGAAGAUCCUUUGGCGUUUUUUUAUCUAAGGUUUUCGAUCCACUACAAAUCCAAUUCAAAUGUGAAUAAGCCUUGUUACGAAACGCGGUAGUCACACUUUCUGUAUAAGGCUCUCCUAUUCUCUUAUUAUUGCAAGGAAUGACGUCUUCAGUUACGCUCAUUCGGUUUACACUCCUUAUGGGGCUUUUUAUGAUUAUUAUUAUGAAAGCAAUUAUCUGUUUGAAGAUUUUACGAAUCGGUCAACUCACCAUAUGAUCUGAAUGACAAUGUUCAAACUUGGUUGACAAGACAAUGAGGCUCAAGAAAUGCAAUAAAACCGAAUUUUUAAAAGACAUUGAAUAAAAAGUGAUUAAAAAAAAACACAAUUAAUGUAAUAGAUGAAAAGACUGACAAGUACGUAAAAGGAAAACAAAGAACAACGUCCAUUACUUCAACAAAAUUUAGGCCCAUGGAUCUUGGGAUUUGGUGCACCUUCUUCCUCGGGGAUAAUCGAUUUGUUCAUGUGCAAGUCUCUAGAAAAUUAAAGCUUGUCUAAGAUCGUAAAAGAAAACAAUCGCAAGUCUCUUGACCUUCUUAAACAUAUACAAUGAAUAAUGUUUAUAAAAUAAAUUAUGAACCUCAAUAUUUUUUUAAUUCUCAUUUAUUUCGAUGACCAUGUUUACAACUGACAGUCUCUACAUUAGUAUCAUUAUCAUCAUUAUUGGUAUCAUUAUUAUCAUUAUUUUAAAUAUACUGAUAAACAUCUUGGGCAGCAGCAAAAUCAAUCUCAAAACACGAGGAUUGUGAGAAUGUAUUAAAAUUAAUAGUAUCAUCAUAA